CUAAACUGCACGUCUGCACACACAUGUAUAUCCUAUUAUCUUAGAUGCAAAAAAAAAACAAAAAAAAGUUUUCGAGGCCAUAUAGACGGAAACGGCGGUGGUAGUAAAUUUGACAAUACGAAAAUUACCGAACGUUCUUCGUGGCAGCGAUAACUUCUUCCACGGCUAUUACCUGUACCACGGUCAUUAUUAUUAUAAUUGUAGGUAGUAUUAUUUUCCCUCUUUUUCCGGUGGGCCGUUCAAAUGAUAUUAUUAUCCGCUCGAAGAACGCGCGCAGACACUGCUCGAGUUUCGUCGGCAGCACGUCCAUUCGCCAAAUAUAAUAUUUAUUUACUUUAGUACAGUUCGCGCAUCAUAACCGAUAGUAUUGAAACCUCGUACAAUCCGCAUGUGAUAUCGUCGUCAUUAAAAUUAUUUAGACGCUAUACUGCUGCUGCUGCUGUCGACGUUUUUAAAUCUAUUGGUGUGCUUACAUAUUAUACAACAAAACGUACCUACGCGAUCGACACGUAGAUACGCGAUAAAAUUUAAAUCGGCUUUACCCGAUUUUCCGUCUCGGCAGUCGCACCGCAUACGAACCACACGUGUUGUACUGGUAUUACAAUACUAUUAUGGACAGUCCUUGGUACAAAUCGACGGGUUCGUUGACGUGGGCGUUGACGAGGAAAAAGGCAGAUGUACCAAGCAAAGAAAAGAUCAACCAGGUAUUGACCUUAUUCGACUUGAUUGCAUUGGGCACCGGAUGGGGUGUCUACGUGUUGGUCGGAGCAGUGGCCAAUUCAAUCGCCGGCCCAUCCGCAGUCCUGUCCUUCGUCAUCACCGCUGUGGUGUCAGCGUUUUCCGGACUUUUUUAUGCUGAGUUAGCUGGCCGAGUACCCAAAGCUAGAUCUGCGUACAUCUACAGUUACGUGGCAGUUGGUGAGUUCAUUGCGUUUGUCAUCGGCUGGAUUCAAAUCAUCGAAUAUCUCAUUGGAACCGCCAGCUCGGCCAAGGCCAUGACCAAUUACUGCGAUUCUUUGCUGGGAAAUCCGCAGAAAAGAUAUAUGACAGAAUAUUUUCCCAUACACAUCAGCUUCUUGGGAAGUUAUCCCGAUUUUGCGUCAUUCGUGGUGAUCGUCAUCAUCGCGCUAUUGGUGGCUUGGGGUGUGCGUGAAUCGUCGUUUACCAACAACAUAUUUACCGCAUUAAAUCUGAUAACCGUUGGCAUCGUGAUCGUCACAGGGUUUUACAAAGCCGAUUACUCAAACUGGUCAAUUCCAAAAAGCGAAAUACCAUCCGAUGCCAAAGGCGGCGAAGGCGGAUUCUUACCAUUUGGAUGGGUCGGCGUAACAGCGGGAGCUGCAAAAUGUUUCUACGGAUUUAUCGGUUUUGAUUCGAUCGCCAUGACUGGCGAAGAAGCGAAAAACCCCAAAAGAGACAUACCACUUGCAAUCGUCGCGUCUCUGUUUCUUAGCACGAUCGCUUAUUGCGGCGUGGCCUCCGUUUUGACACUCAUGUGCCCUUACUAUUUGCAGGAUGCGGAUGCACCAUUUCUGGUCCUCUAUGGAAAUUUGGAUAUGCCGACGAUAAAAAUUAUAGUUACAGGUGGUGCGAUAUUCGCAUUGUGCACGAGUAUUUUGGGAACAUUAUUUCCACUGCCUUGUAUCUUGUACGCGAUGGCAAGCGACGGUCUGCUUUUCAAGUUCUUGUCGAAUAUCAACGCCACAACCAAGACCCCUCUGAUAUCCACGGUCGUUUGCGGACUUUUCGCUGGUACUUUGGCCGCCGUAUUCAAUCUUGACCAGCUCGUCGAUAUGGCGUCCAUUGGCACACUACAGGCCUACACGAUCGUUUGCAUUUGCGUGUUGAUAUUGCGGUACACCGACAACAGUCCGUCGAACCAGGACGACACAACGAAGUCGAAAGGUAUCACGGUUUUCACAUGGUUGAAUUGGUCGAACGCAAAAGUGCCGAACUUCGACACUCAAUACGUGUCAAGGGCGUUGAUAUUUAUAUAUAGUGUAUGUGCGUUUGUGUUUGGAUUAAGCUUGGCGAACAUGAAAUCACACUAUGGAAACACGAAGAACGUACUCAUGAUAAUAAAUAUAAUAUCAAUUUUGGUGUUGUUGGUUACAUUGUUCAUGCUGAGCAGACUUCCGACAGCUGUGGAAGAUCUAUCGUUCAAGGUACCUUUGGUUCCCAUCAUACCAUGUUUGAGCAUUGUACUAAAUGUUUACCUGAUGAUGGAACUAGAGUACAAGACUUGGAUAAGUUUCACAGUGUUGCUCAUAUGUGGAUUAUUGAUAUAUUUGUUCUACGGCAUCGGUCACAGUUUGGAAGGCAAUAAGCCAAAAAUUGACAUAAACACAAAUCAGAUCAAACUGAAACAAUCCAGUUUAUUGUUAGGAUAUUUGUAAAAUUACCCAUUAAUUUGAAUUAAUACCAUUGGAUUCCUCAUCUGUUUUGAAAAAUGUGUAUACUUAUAUUAGUGACUUAUAUUAGUAGGUACUUAACAAUAUUUAUAUUAGUAGGUACUUAACAAUAUUUAUAUAAUAUUUUUUAUUAACAUAUCCAAUAGUUAUUUUAUUUAUGUAACAGACGUAUACAAAUAAACAAACUUUAUAUUUAUAAUAAGCACUUUUAUUAAACUUUGACAUCCAGUGGCGAUCGAGUCACACGAUCACCACCCGGCUCUACCACUGGUGGUCAGUGGUAAUCGAGUCACACGAUCACCACUCACUGACCCCCUUCUGUCUUCACUUAUUCCUUAAAUAUCAAUUUUACAAUCGAGGCACUAUUGGUAGUAUCGAUAUUAAGUUUAACCUAGUUACGUUAUACUUACUGACUAUGCUUAAAAUUCUACUAAUUGUUAUUGUAUUACAUAAUAAUUGUUAUCUUAUCCUAAUUUAAUGGAAUGCAUAAUUGUUUAAAUGUUGUUACUUAGCUUAUUGAGUAUUGUAUGAUUUUAUUUGUUUUGUUUUGGUAUUUUACCUGUUACAUAUGAAUGUUUACUUAACCUAGUUAAUAGUUUUAAUUAUAAUAUUUUUUAUAUAUUAUGCAUGAUACAACAGAAAUCAUAAUCAAACGUAAUUGUUCAACAAAUAUAAUUAAUAAAUGUCAACAAUAUUUAUC